AUGUCAGAUCAACGACCUAUUAGACUUGCUGUCCUCGGGGGUGAAUCCACAGGCAAAACUUCGUUGAUUUCCAGAUUGACAGUUAAUUUUGUUCAUGAAGUUCAUUAUCCAACAAGAAACCAAACUAAUUGGUUAUUUGAUUUUAACCCACAUACAAAAUUAGCAAAGACCCUGUUAGAUGGUCAAGCCCAUGAACGAUUGUAUAGUAGGACUCCCGGUGGCCAGACUCCACAGCCCUUGUUUUCCUCACCACAGAUAUCGCCUGAGAUACAAUUAUCACCACUAGUCUUCCAAGCAUUUAUGAAUGAUUUUACUAAUCUCAAAAACCAAUAUAAGACUAGAUCCAAUAAUCAUAUCAAGCAUUUUGAUUUAAAGAAAUCUGAUAAUGCAUUUUAUCAAUACAUGGAACCAACAGCCGCUGCUAAUCAUUACAAUUCAAGAAGCGCCAUUAAUAAACCAAACAAUAACAAUAAUAAUAGUAAUAAUAUUCCAUCAUCCACUGUAAAGCUCCCGGAAAAUUAUUUGCCACCAUCAUACACUCCAAUAUCGAUAGAUAUAAUCGAUACUCCUGCAUUUAAUCCAGAUAUUGUCGUCCCAUUCCUCGAAGUCUCACUCUUUAGAAAUUUGGACAAAUCAAUUUUAAAAGGACUGGCGAAUGAGCCGAGAAAGCCUGUAACUACUACGACGUUAUUGGUUGCAUCUGGAGCAUCAGAACUAAAUGGAAAAAUAGACGCGUACAUUUUUGUUUAUAGUGCAGUUCCAGAGCUUUUCAAUUACAAUGUCAACCCACCAGAUUAUAAUGAAAAUCAGGAGUCAUUAAACCCGAAAGACAACUCGUAUUUGAAUCGUCGCCAUGAAAUUGAUGGUGGAUACACAAUGCUAACCAUUAUGAGAAAUUGUAUUUUGGAUGCAUGGACCGAGUUUAGAAAUUAUCAAAAAAGGUGGGAAUUGGGUAAAGAAGAUGACACUUAUUCCAUAGUGUAUAAUUUUAAGAAUUUUUGGAAAAGUUAUAACGAAAGUGAAGAAAGAUCAAAGUUGAAUAAAUUGAGAUCUUUUGAUAACAAAUUAAGAUCCAUUGAUAUGGAUCCCUCUUCUCCAAAUUCACCACCUCCAAUUAUCAUCGUAUGUACUCAUUUAGAUGAUCCUAUGGCUAGCCCUGUAUUGGUUGAAUGGGGGCGAAAUUUAGCAACCCAAUGGAAUUGUGGAUUUGUUGCUGUGGACAAUACUGAUGAUGUAAAUGUUGAUGUUGCCUUGAGUUUACUUAUCAGAGAACUUGUUGAAAAGGAAAAAUUACUGUCAAAGCAUCACAGUCACCAUUCCACACAUGGUGGAAAUAAGAGUGGGAGCAAAUCUCAUAGUCGAAAAAAGAGCACAAGCAGUGGUGGCAGUGGUUCUAGCAGUAUUUGGAAGAUUAUGAAAUAA